GGCGCGAGCUGCGGGGGGCGGGCCGGCGCGCGCUGUGCCCCGGGCCUGGUGUGCGCCAGCCGCGCCGCGGGGGCGGCGCCCGAGGGCACCGGGGUCUGCGUGUGCGCGCAGCGCGGCGCCGUCUGCGGCUCCGACGGCCGCUCCUACCCCAGCGUAUGCGCACUGCGCCUGCGCGCCCGGUACAUGCCCCGCGCGCACCUGGGCCACCUGCACAAGGCGCGCGAUGGCCCCUGCGAAUUUGCCCCCAUGGUUGUCAUUCCACCCCGGAGUGUCCACAACGUCACUGGUGCACAGGUGUACCUGUCCUGUGAGGUGAGGGCUGUGCCCACCCCUGUCAUCACGUGGAGGAAGGUCACACAGUCUCCUGAGGGCACUCAGGUGCUAGAGGACCUUCCUGGGGACCACGUCAAUAUAGCUGUCCAGGUGCGAGGGGGGCCUUCUGACCACGAGGCCACAGCCUGGAUUUUGAUCAACCCUCUGAGAAAGGAAGAUGAGGGAGUGUACCUGUGCCAUUCAGCAAAUGCGCUUGGGGAGGCCGAGUCCCACGGCACGGUGACAGUUAUGGAUCUGAGUAAAUACAAAGUCCCCCGCUUCCCAGCUCCAGACGACCGCAUGUGAUGGAGCAAUGGUCUUAGAAACCUGAUGACAAGAUGUUGGAAAGGUCAAGUCAUGGAUCAUUUUUUUUUCGUGAAGAGUUGGAGAAACUGUUUGUAGAUGACCCCUUUUGUAUGUUUUUACAGAUUAGAUGCAAACUAGAUUCGUAUGCAGAUGUAGUUUUUAGCAGGGCAAGCAUUGGGAAACCAGACUGCAUGUGGCUUUUUUAUACUUUUGAAAUGAACUGCUCCGUAAGAAUUCUUUUUUAACUACUCCCUCCCAGGGAAGGUCACCUGGUGGUAUAUUUGUAAUUCUAAAGGGCUGGAACAAGGCCUGUUUCAGCCUUGUGUCUUUACCUCAUCUGUCUGUGACUGAUUAGGAAAGCUCUGUGACUUAGUGUGUGUUGUAGAAGGAGGGAGAGAGUCCCGUCCCACCUUCAUCCUCUGCCUGCUCUCUGACACGCUGUGUGACCUGGAUAGGCCCCUCCCCAUUCUGGACCUUUGUCUCUAGCUGUUUGGACUAGCUGUUACCCAGGUCCCUUGGAGCCCUGCCAUCCCAGAGUAAGAUGGCCCUGUGGAAAAAAUACAGGAAGUGUAGUCUUAGCAUUCGUUUUCAAAACUGCUCAAAACAGCUGCCACCGCUUCAUACCAGAGUGGGUGUGGAGCUGGCCACAGCUCUUCUGUUCCUGCCAUUUUCCCACCUUAAAGAGAUGGAGUUCUAGAUGGGACACUUUACCAGACUCCGGAGCCCCUUGGCUGGGUGCUUGGGGACCAAGGUGUCCCUUUGUCAACAAGCCCAGCAUCCUCUAACCAGGUAAGCAGUAGACACCUGGCUUCUGGACAUCAAACUGGAGAAAUGGGGUCAGAUGCUUCUUCCUCUGAGCUGUGGGAUUAGAGUAUUAGUAGAAUACAUUUUACUUAGAGACGUUUUGACCUCACCCAGAAAUUAGGCUUACUUUCUUUCUUUCUUGUUUCUUUCCUUUUCUUCUUUUCUUUUCUUUUUUUAAAAUAUUUUUAAUGUUUAUUUACUUUUGAGAGAGAGAGAGAGAGAGAGCAAGCGCAUGUGCGCAAGUUGGGGAGGGGCAGAGAGAGAGGGGGAGACACAGAAUCCAAAGCUGUCAGCACACAGCCCGACACCAGGCUCGAAUAAAUUCACGAACCGUGAGAUCAUGACCUGAUCUGAAGUCAGAAGCUCAACCGACUGAGCCACCUAAGUGCCCCUCUUUUCUUUUCUUUCUUUCAGUGAGACGAGUAUUUAUUAUCUGACUGAAAAAAUAGAUUCCCUUGGGUGAUUAAAAAUUUUUUUAAGUCAGAAUUGGGAUCUCACUUGUGUCUUGUCCUUAAAGUUCAUGAAGUGCUUUUCUGUCUGUGGCCUCUUCACAACUCCAGCACGGCAGGCAGGGUGAACACGGAUGUCCCAACCCCCUUUGUAGAUGAAGAAACCAGGCUCUGAGAGGGAGACGCUUGCCCAAGGUCCGAGGGCCUCCGAGAAGGACCAGAACUUGGGGCACCCUUUCCAUGCCAUGGUGCUGCUUCUCGGGAUAAUCUCAUGGCUAUGGAAAGGAAGGGGCUUCAGGGACUCUCCUCCUGGUCCCUCUCAGCUUUUACAGCAUACUCCCAUGCCCCUCCCCCCUAGGUACCACAUUCUGGUAUCCUUUUUGGAAUUGCAUUUUCUCCCUUUGAGCCUGGCCGUUCCGUAUCUGAAAUAUUGGGGUGGCAUCACCCUGAUGUACUACAUGGCAGGAGCAGAGCCUGAAAAUCCAGAAACAUGAGGUCCAUUUGGGGAUUCAUCCCUGGCUUGCUGCCUGACUCCGAGCAAGUCCCCUCACCUUCUGGACCUCCGUUUCCUCAUUUGAGUAAGAAGGCAACGAAACUAGAUGGGUAGUUUGCAAACUUUAAAACAUUGGAACCCCUUUCUUUGAAUAAAAUCAGAGUUGAAACUGAUUAACUGGAAGCUGUGUCUGUGUGUUGGAAGUUGGGGCUAUGGAGGGUCUGCUCACAUCCCUCCCUACUCAGCGCCCCUACCCCCCUCCCCGUACUGCAGGGUUUUUGUACCCAAGGUCUGCAGCUGAGUCUCUGUGUGAUUUGCAUAGUUGGGAAAAGACUUGGUAAGGCACUUACAGUGCCUUCACUUACAGUGAAACUGUCAGAAGUAGGGAUGUUGUGGCCCUGGAGAAGGUACUAGAACAACAUCAUGCAUGUGCUGAUAAGCACAUCCAGCAAAAUCCAUUGACUCACCUUACAUUUGCCCAAAACAGUUGGAGAGCUGGGUCUAGAUGCAGAGAGCAGGGCAGAUGGAGUGCUUGGGUGACAGAGCUGAACAUCAAAACCACAGGGGGCUGGGUUAGCAUCGUAAUGAUGUGCAAAAUAAUAAUAAUAUUGCACUCUCUGAAAUUUUCACCAAAACCAAAAAGGCAGAUUAAGAGGAUUGUUCCAACCUAACGACUUUUUUGCACUAGGAGAGCCCCCAGACCCCUCCCAGGGCUGAAAGAAAGGGUGCUGUUGCCGUUCAGAAACAUGGUGCCCCCAGGAACUGGGUUUUCUGCCCUAUUUUCAUAGAUGUGCUGAUAUCACAUGACCCAUGCACCUGAAAAUAAAUGUUUUUAAGGACAGUCUUUGUGGUCUGUUUGUCCUGGGAACACUGCUGUGGGUGGGCGCAGGUCCCACUGAUAGGUCUCCACUACCUCUGACCAUCUUGUCCUUUCCUCAUCCACAUCAGCUACUUUAGUCCUAAUCCUCCUUCCUCUCACACCUGAGUUCUCGUCACAGCCCCACCUGGACAGCUUGGGCGCAA